CCGUCGCUAGUGCUUCUCUUUUCCAUUGUUAUACAAAAGACGCAUCGCUCUGUGCACACCGAGGACAAGCCCCUCUCUCCAGACAGGAGCGGUCCUGUCACUCCCAACGUAUCUACGGAUUCUGCCUGAAGAUGUGAGAACAAAGUUGUGUCCAUUACAACUUCACUGAAAGACAUGGAAUCUCUUGUUGGUUUCAGUGUCUCCCUACUUGUGUAUAGCGUUGUGGUGGUCUCUGCUCUUCCACUACUUGACACAGGGGUAGCACCCACAUUUACAUUACCACAACAAAUUUCUGGACGUCAAAAUGGAGUGCCCAAAGGGAGGUCUGUCUCAGAAUCUAAGGAGAUUGAGGGAAAUAUGCAAAAUAAAGAAACACAUUUCCCAUACACUGUUGCUGUUGUUGCUCCUGUACAAAUGAUGGCUGAAAUGAACAGUGGGGGAAGGGAGCAUGGUGCUGGAUACGAGAAGAUGUCUCACAGUGUGGAGUCUCAGAUGAAAGGACUCCAGACUGGCAGUCCUGGAAGCUCUGUGAAAGUAAAGGGCAAUAACCACAGAAGGGCACAAAGACCCACUAAUGACCCAACAUCACUUCACCUAGAGAAGCCAAGAGUGCCAGUCAGCCCUCACAGGAAUGUAGUGGCAAUGCCUCCAGUUAUGACUUUAGUUAAUCAAACUCUUAAACUCAAGGACAAAGUUUUAAGCUCUUCUGAUCUGAAGGCCUCUGCUGAGAGAACUCGACCUCAUAAAGCUGGAAGUCUAAAUCAUUUGGCACCUCAAAAAGAAGAAGAUGGAGACAUGUCUAAUGAGGAUGGAGAGACUGAGAGGCUGCAAAAUCCAUUCAUGAUCACUAGAUUAAAGCAUACAACUCCAGAAGUUGGUUCAAAAGCUUUCAGAGGCCCUGAAGAUGUCCUAGAAUUACGUGCAGAGGGUGUUAAGUCCGGUAAAAGGCGAAGAGCCAGUGUCAUUGCUGGGGAUGCCAUGGAGAAAGCCACUUUGAUAUAUGCCACUGAGGAACCCAAGAUGAUAAGCGAAGCAGUCAGUUCAGUGGAGCAGAAAAGUAGCCCUUUCAUAGGGGCAACAGAAGUGAAGCCAAAUUCAACAAUAAUUGAUUCCAGUCAGACAAUCACAAAGGCGUCAGAAGGUCCGAUCACCUCCCCGGAGAGAAGCCAGACAGAUGUAGUGCGGAACCCUUCAAGAAGAAAAUCUUUAAUGAAGGAGAAAAGCAGAGAUGUUUUUGUAAACCUUGACAGUCUUGACAGAACCAAGAUUGCCUUGCCAGAGACUGAAGUGGGAACAUCCAGAGAGACACGGAAUGAAGGAGAGAAAUGGUCAUCGAAGGAGGGCAUGGGCAUGAAUUCAAAGAAUACCAGCAUGACAGACAACUCACUCAACAGAACUCAGGUGUCAAGCAGAACAGAAAAUAAAGAGGCUAUAGUCCUGUCCAAGGAAAUGCCAGAAGACAGAAAGGAAGUCCAGACUGCCAUCACAAGCCCAAGCUUUCUGACACGAAACAGUUUGUUAUUGACUACAACAGUCAAUGAGCCUAUGGUUUCUUUCACUGAAAUGAAAACAAGCGUCCCUAAGCUUGAAGAGAACAUGCAAGCAAAAACACCUUCAGAUGACUUUAAUGACUUGAAAAGUGAGAACAUCUAUCCUACCUCAAAUCCAGUUGGCCCAGACAUCCCAGAAGGCAUGACGCUGUCCUCUCAGAGCCCAUGGAUGGAAACAAAUGGGUCUUCUUAUACACCAGUGUCAGAAUCCACCAGUUCAGCAAAGAGUGCCCAUUCCAAACUGCUGCCAAACACAAGUCAAGGACUGAAAAGUAAAACUGAAAAGGAUAACACUGUGCACAGCAAAAUUGUGGCGCCCUCUUCAGAGGACGUGCAGGUAUCACUGCCAGCAUUCAAUGUAACCCAGCUCCCUGGAGCUCAGCAUCUGACCACAUCCCUCACUGAAAGACCUGUGCCCUCACAACUGGACUUAAUUACACCCAUAACAGCAGCCUUGUAUCUAUCAGAUAGCAGCAAUCCACCUAAUGUAACCAGAUCCUUUUUACAGAAGGACAGAAACACUCAUCCCUCAAAAACCUCUGAACCAAAUUUUAGUGAACUUCCAAUCAAUUUACCUUCUCCAGAAACACCAGGACCCUUGGAUCUGGAUCUUAGUUCACACCCUUUUGAAGUUAUAGAGCCAUCAGAUUUGGAUCUUCAAGCAUUCUCCUCUGAAACACAAGACAUAGAAGAUCUGGAUCUCAGAACACUGCCAUUUGAAACCCCCGAGUUAACAGAUCUAGAUAUGAGUACUCCUCCUUCUGAAAUUCCAGGGAUGUCAGACCUUGACCUAGCUGUAUCUGAAGUCCCAGAGCUGUAUGAUUCUGACCGCACAGUGCACUCCUCAGAUGCACUGGAGAUAUCUGAUCUAGACCUCAGUACUCCAUCUUCUUAUUUAACUGAUAUCCCCAAACUAGACCUCAGCACAACACCCUCUGACAUGUUGGAGGAGCUCAGCAUCCUCCCCUCAGAUACACCAGAGGUCUCCAGUGUUGACCCUGGCUUACUUCUUUCUGAUACACCCGAAGACCCUAAUGAAGACUCCAGUGUAUCCCACCCUGAUAAUCCACAGUUCUCUGAUAUGGAUCUUGGCACAGCUUCUCCUGAUACAUCAGAGUCAUCGUAUGUAGAUCAAAGGGCACCAUCUUCAGAAACAAUGGAGGCAUCUGAGCUGAACCUUAGCACACCAUCCCCUGAGACACCAGAAACCACCCCUAAGGAGAACCUGUCUUUAUCUCCUUCCAAAAUCUCAUCUCUAGGUCAGGAGGAAGAUGUAGAUUUUCAGCCACCAGUCAGAUUCUCCUCUCCUUCUUCUUUACCACCAUCUAGUGAAACAACAUUCUUUUCAAAGGAUCCUGAAAAAUCCUAUGAAACAUCCAUUCUGCCAACUGUGUCUAUACUGGUAGCAGACACCAUUCCAGCAUCUAUACAACCAAGGCUGUCCUGGAUAUCCACCACACAUUCUGAAACAGGAGACACCCAAACUUCUAACAAAACCGCUUCUGUCAGCAUGCAGACUCACCACCCUGUGAUUUCUAGCAGCAGGCAUUCGGGAAGCCUGGUUAGUCGGCUGCGGCCCCCUCCUGAAACUGGACUGGAGGAUCUGGAGAAACUGGAGUCUGAAGAGGAGCAUGACAGUGAGGAAAGAGAUGAAGAGGAAGAAGAGGAGGAGGCAGAAGACACACCUGAAUCUGAUGAAGAUGAGAGUCAGGAGGAUGACUUGGAGAUGUUUGCUGUGACCCUUGUCACAGCCUCCCUGAGCCAAACUCCGUAUCACCUUCCUGCUGGGAAUGACUGGGCACAGCGCAACCAGGGUCUCGUGCAAAGCUUGGUGGAGAAAAUCCGAGACAAGGUAGGUCUUACUUCUGUUACCAUACAGUGUACCCCAAAGGUCUGAAUGCUGUAGUGAUUAUUGACUCUUAAAG